AUGUUGUCGUCCGAUAAUCUGACAGACAAGAAUGUUGCUUUUAGAAAGCUGAAAGCAAAAUCAGAAAACAAGAUGUGUUUCGAUUGCAAUGCAAAGAAUCCAAUAUGGGCGUCAGUGACUUACGGGAUCUUUCUUUGCAUUGAUUGCUCAGCCGUUCAUCGGAGUCUCGGUGUACACAUCAGCUUUGUCAGGUCUACAAAUUUAGAUUCUUGGUCUCCUGAACAAUUGAAAAUGAUGAUCUAUGGAGGAAACAACCGUGCUCAGGUUUUCUUUAAGCAGCAUGGACGGACUGAUGGAGGCAAAAUUGAGGCCAAAUAUACUUCAAGAGCUGCUGAUUUAUAUAGGCAAAUAUUAUCUAAAGAAGUUGCCAAGAGUAUGGCAGAAGAGGCAAGUUUGCCUUCAUCUCUUAUUGCUCCUCAGUUACCACAAGCACCCAAUGGACUUCAUCAUAGCAAGAUUGAUGAAGAUCCUAAAGGAAGUUCUUUAGGCGGGCAAGAAAAACCACUUCCUCCUUCACCGAAAGCUUCUCAUAAAGUUGUUACCAGUACUGUUAAGAAACCUUUAGGUGCAAAAAGAACUGGGAAAACUAGAGGACUUAGUGCCAGAAAGCGUACUUCAAAGCCAAGUGAAAAUCUCUAUGAUCAAAAACCUGAAGUUGUCCCUGUUCCUUUCCCCGCCAAUGACACUGCACCCAUUGGCUCAGUUUUUCCAUCUCGUUUUGAGUAUGUAGAAAAUGCUCAAUCUACUGAGUUGAGUUCUGGUGGCCCACAAAUUCUUAGCCAUGUCGCUCCACCAAAGUCAUCAAGUUUCUUUGUAGAAUUUGAAAUGGACAGCGGUUUUCAGAAGAAAUCAAGCUCAAAUACCUCAAAAGAGCAAAUUCAGGAAACUGAUGAAGCUAGGAGAAAGUUCUCUAAUGCAAAAUCUAUUUCAUCAGCCCAAUAUUUUGGUGAUCAUACCAGAUUAGACAAUGAAACUCAAGUUACAUUGCAGAAAUUCUCAGGUUCAACAGCCAUCUCUAGUGCUGAUCUAUUCGGUCACUCUUAUGAUAGUUCUAUUGACCUCGCUGCUAGUGAUCUCAUCAACCGACUCUCUUUCCAGGCACAGCAAGAUAUUCAAACCUUAAAAACAUUGCCGGAGAGACUGGAAAGAAACUUAGUUCGUUGGCAUCCACUCUCAUGUCAGAAUCCUUUAGUUCAAUGUUGUGGCUUUAAAGAUAUGUAG